CGGAGCCACCUUGAAAGCUGGAUGGGCCAAGUGGCCAACGACAGUGAAGUUGGUAAGCCAUUAGUAUAAAAUUCAUUUCAAACACCCUCAUUACUAAUAAAUAAAAACAAACAAAGAAACAUAGGUAAAGUUUAGAUAAUAGAGAUAUAACAUAAAUCAUAAAUGGGUGUUGAAGAGAGAGUUGAUUUCUUGUACAAAGAUGUAUUGCCAUUUGGUGCAAUGGUGAUGGUGGAGAUUAUGCUUGUUGGUGGUAACACACUCUUCAAAUCAGCAAGUGCCCUACAAAUUAACUCAUUUGUUUUCACUUUCUAUGCCUUCCUUGUUGGUUUCAUUUUCUUCUUGCCUUACUUUUUCAUCCACUACAGGGGCAUAAGUAUUCCUCCUAUCAAAUUCGACAUUGUCUGCAAGAUAUUUAUACUCAGCGUGCUCAUAUAUCUAGCACAAGUAUUUGGAUACAUCGGUCUCAAGUAUAGUUCUCCAACCCUAUCAUCGAUUAUGGGCAACCUUUCCCCUGCUUUUACUUUCAUGCUUGCCUUUUUCUUUAGGAUGGAAAAAGUACAUUUGCGAAGUUAUACUAGUCAAGCCAAAAUAGCAGGAACAAUAGUCUCAAUAUCAGGAGCGGUUAUUGCGACCGUUUAUAGUGGUCCAUUGGUGUUAUCGGAAUCAGUGAGCUUGGACUGGAUUCUUGGAGGACUUUUGCUUGCAUCUCAAUAUUUUAUACUUGCCUUCUCUCUAGUUGCUCAGGCGAAAAUAUUGAUGGUUUAUUCAGUGGACCUCAUGGUAAUAUUCGUGUUCAGUGUAAGUGGAUUAUUUGUAGCUGGAAUUGGAGGGUUAGUCUUGGCAAGAGAUAUGGACGCUUGGAAGUUGGAACCUAAUCUUAUAUUGGUCACUAUAUUAUACGUGGGGUUUACUUCUGGAUUUUUCAAUGGAUUGAUACAAAUUUGGAUCUUGCGCGUCAAAGGGCCUGUUUAUGUAGCUAUGUUUAAGCCGUUAACAAUUGUGAUAGCACUCAUUAUGGGUGUCAUGUUUCUCGGUGACACACUGCAUAUUGGAAGUGUAUUAGGAGGAAGCAUAAUAACAAUAGGAUUUUAUGGGGUGGUAUGGGGUAAAGCCAGAGAGUCAAAAGAUGCACAACCAAAUCAGAUCACUGCUCCUUUGCUCGAGACACAUGAUGUUCUAGAACAAGGUUCAUUAAUUUCCUAACCCACUGAGAGUCGCAAGCAAUGUAUUUAUAUAUAUUAGCGGGUAUUAUCGGUAUUACUGGUAUUUGAGAGUUCUUCGAUAUUUUAAUCUCGAUAUUAUUUCGGUAUUUUCACUAUUUCAUAUCGGCCGGUAUUACCAUUCCGGUAUUUUUUUU